GGGUGGAUGAAGAAGCUAAAAAUAGUGGAGUGUAAAACCCUCAUUUUCCGCAUUCUAUGCUUAUUUACCUAAUGCAUUUUUGACGUACUGCGUACAGUACCUCGAAACAAAUCCGAGGGCCCGCCCUGGCGUCCGUCUGCGCUUCCUUGUUUCCUUUUCAACCACAAAAUUUAUCCCCAACUUUUUCUCCUUACUCCAUACGAUCUUUCCACCGACCUAAGAAUUACACCACAAAGGAAAAGACCGUAUUUUAGCUCGCUCAUUAUCCUCAAGCCAAAAUGAGUGACGCUCAGGCGACCGAGGCUGAGAAGAACAUCGAGAUAUGGAAGGUGAAAAAGCUCAUCAAGCGCCUCGAGGCUGCUAGAGGAAAUGGCACAUCCAUGAUUUCCUUGAUCAUCCCUCCUAAAGAUCAAAUUUCGCGCGCAGCGAAGAUGUUGGCUGAAGAAUACGGUACUGCUUCGAACAUCAAAUCUCGAGUCAACCGACAGUCCGUGCUCUCGGCCAUCACAUCCACCCAACAGCGACUUAAGCUAUACAACAAAGUUCCCCCCAAUGGCCUUGUCGUGUACUGUGGUGAAAUCUUGACCUCGGAAGGAAAAGAGCGAAAGGUCAAUAUCGACUUCGAGCCCUUUAAGCCCAUCAACACCUCUCUGUACCUUUGCGACAACAAAUUCCAUACCGAAGCCCUAGCCGAACUGCUGGAGUCAGAUCAGAAGUUUGGCUUCAUUGUCAUGGACGGAAACGGUGCCCUUUUCGGUACACUCAGCGGAAACACCCGUGAUGUCGUUCACAAGUUCUCUGUCGACUUACCCAAGAAGCAUGGUCGUGGUGGUCAGUCUGCUCUUCGUUUUGCCCGUUUACGUGAGGAGAAACGUCACAACUACGUCCGUAAGGUCGCCGAAUUGGCCGUUCAGAACUUCAUCACCAACGACAAGGUCAACGUUGCUGGUAUCAUCCUUGCUGGUUCUGCCGAUUUCAAGAACGACCUUAACGCCUCUGACAUGUUUGACAACCGACUGCAGACCAAGGUCAUCAAGGUCGUCGAUGUUUCCUAUGGUGGUGAGAACGGUUUCAACCAGGCCAUCGAGUUAUCUUCCGAGACUCUAGGAAAUGUCAAGUUCAUCCAGGAGAAGAAGCUCAUUGGCAAGUACUUUGAAGAGAUCAGCCAGGAUACCGGCAAGGUCUGCUACGGUAUCGAGGAUACCCUCAAGGCCCUGGAGCUUGGCGCGGUAGAGACCUUGAUCGUCUUCGAGAAUCUCGAGAUUACUCGAUGGGUCCUCAAGGACAGCAAUAGCUCUGAGAUCAUUCUUCAUACUACCAAGCAAGAUGAGACCGGUGAUCGUGCUAAGUUCAUGGACAAGGAAACCGGACAAGAGAUGGAGGCAGUCUCUCAGGACUCUUUCCUCGAGUGGAUUGCGGAGCACUACAAAGAUUUCGGAACGAAUCUAGAAUUCGUAUCGGAUAGAUCGACUGAAGGCAACCAAUUCGUGAAGGGAUUUGGUGGAGUUGGCGGCAUUCUCCGCUACAAGGUGAACUUCGAGCAGCUAGCCGAAGUGGAUGACGACGACGACUACUAUGACGAUUGACAGUUUGAGGAGUCCCUCGUUAACGACGAGGGGAAUGCUCAAGCAGUAUCGUCUAAGCAGGAAUUUGUCGUGAAAGAAUCGGAGCGUCCGCUGCCGCAGCCUCCCGCGCCCACGCCGGCGUCGGUCUCCAGACCU